AUGUGUUAUUUUCCAGUUCCAAGGAAUUUUAGGUUACUAGAAGAGCUCGAGAGAGGAGAAAAGGGAAUUGGGGAUGGAACUGUCAGCUAUGGAAUGGAUGUUGCUGAUGAUGUAUACAUGCAGUCAUGGACUGGGACAAUAAUUGGUCCUCCUAAUACUGUUCAUGAAGGGCGCAUCUAUCAGUUGAAGUUAUUCUGUGAUAAAGAUUAUCCAGAUAAGCCGCCAAGUGUAAGGUUCCAAACCCGGAUAAACAUGAGCUGCGUUAAUCAUGAAACUGGUGUGGUGGAACCAAGUCUUUUUUCCAUGCUCGCUGAUUGGCAACGGGAGUAUACAAUGGAGGCUAUAUUAACUCAAUUAAAGAAAGAAAUGAUGUCUCCACAAAAUCGGAAACUAGCUCAGCCUGCAGGUGUGUCUAUUUGA